CGCCUAUUCGUUUGUAUGUAACUACACCUACAAUUAGUGCUGGUGAAGUAAAGUUUCAGAAGUUAAUGUGCUGCUGUUAACUUACAGUUAUUUAUUCAACUUUUCAGAAUAAACUGAUUGAUAUUAUACGGAUUUGUAUUUGUCAGUAUCAUAUUAUAAGAUUUACGUAAUUUAUCUUUUUAUUACAAAUGGCAACAUUGCGCAAUUGUGUAAACAAAUAUUAUACUGUGAUAUUUAUGUUAGGAUUAUAUUAAAUUCACAUAUUAAGAAGUAAACAAUUGUUGAAAAAUACAAGUGAUACAAGUAAUAAUACACUUGUUUCUGAUAGUUCAUUCAAAAGUAAGGAGUCACUGUAGUAUCUCAAGGCCACCGACUAGGCGAUCAGCUGAGAGGAUACAGACGUUUGACGCCAUAUUAUUUUUAACUGUCAAGUUUAAACUUGAAUGUUGACUGUUGUAUGUACGUUACUCUGAACAUUUAAGAAUUGGGUAAUCCGUGAAGAAAAGACUUUAGGACGCAUCCGGACUGGAGGCCUGGUAUUGGGCCAUUCUUGAGGUGUGACUGCGGUCCAGGGUGACAUCGCAGGAAUGGACCAGGGCCCGCCGGAUGCUAUCCACCCCGUCGUUCUCCAGCUGGAGUCUGCCCUCUCCCUGGAGUCUCACUUCCAGCCACACCUACAGCUGCCUGCCGUGACCCAGGCAUGCAGUGAAGUGACGGUGGGUGUGAGGGAUGGCUCUGCCCAUGUGCUGCGUUGCCUCAAGGUGUGGUACGACCUGCCCUCGGAUGUGCUGUUCGUGGCCAUCAACCUGAUGGACAGGUUCCUCACCAGGAUGAAGGUACAACCAAAGCACAUGGCUUGCAUCUCUGUUAGCUCCUUCCAUCUAGCAGCACGCCUUGUUGCUUCUUGCCGCAAAGAUCUCGAUAGUCCUGUGGUGGUGCCCGACACUGAAGAUCUCGUUGCCAUCUCUCAGUGCAGGUGCACCCUGGGCGACCUGUCUCGCAUGGAGAAGAUCAUCGCCGGCAAGCUGUCGGAGAGUGUGCCGGUCACUGCCCUGGACUUCCUGCGCCUGUUCCACCGGGUGCUGGAGGCAGUGGCGGGCCGCUCGGGCGCGGCGAGGCCGCUGGGCGCGCUGAGCCAGCAGUUGGAGAUCCUGGCGUGCGACGCAGCCUGCGCCAGCUUCCGCCCCUGCGAGCUGGCGCUGGUACUGCUGUGCACGCAGCUGGGCGCCGGCACCGAGCUCGUGCAGCUGCUCAGGCUGGCCGUCGAGCUGCGUCGCAUCUGCAAGAUCUCGGAGAGCAGCUUCUGGAGCUGCCACAAGGUGGUGGUGUCGAUCGUGGAGCGGUACAACGCGCAGUGCCACAUGCCCCACCGGCAGCGGCUGGUGUGGAAAUUGUCCCAGCGCACUCUGCGCUACCUGCGCCCCACGGACAAGCUGCCGUCCCUGCUGCCCACCAUCGACGAGCACGGCCAGCUGCAGCUUUCACUGCACGCCAGGUGUGGCAGCUCCAGCUCCAGCUCAGAGUCGGAGAGCUGCGACUCGGACGAGUCUGCGUCCGGCUGGUACGACCAGCCCACGUGGGGGGCGGGAGAUCGUCCGCCCUUUGCCGGAGGGAUAUCUCUGCCGGCCUGAACACUUGUCUGCGACAGCAGCAUUGCUUAAUUUUCCUUGUGGUCUCGUGCGACUAGGAAACAAAAAAAAAGUACAAAAAAGUGUAGAGAAAAGAUUUUUAUAAAAAGUAUCAAAAUAUGUUAAAAAAUGCUCAAACAAAAAAGUCACAAAUGUACAACACAAAAAAUGGUAGACUUAGGGUGGCUUUUUAAUGUUCCUUUAAAGUCUGUUGCGAUCAUGUGUGUGCAUUGUUGCCUCCCACUCUCUCAAUAUGUCUAGAAUUGUUUAGUUUUUUUAUAUCUCGGUUCUCAUUGCGUGCUGUAAACGUAGUGAAGUAGCCACUGCCUUAUUCAUCUCUGCCCUCUUGUCCUUUUGAAAUGAAAUGUUUGCCAGUUGUGAUUUGCUAGUCAUUGUUCUGUUACCAAUGCAGUUUUUGUGUCGUGUAACAUGCCACCAGCCAGCUUUGUCUGCCUUCGCUGUGUGGCCGUUCAAUUCGACACUCAAAUUAUUACAUAAAUGAAAUAUGUUUGAUGCUAGAAAUGUGAUAAGUAGUAAUGUGAAAUUAUAAUCUCAUUAUCUAGAUUGCUGGUUGUAUAAAUGCAGUCUUAGAUCAAAUCAUCUCAUUGGACCAGUAAAGAUAAUAAGUACAAAAUAUAGUUGCUAUGAAUUGGCAUUGGAUCGGUUUUUCAUUUGCUGUAAGUUCCAACUGUUUUCUACUCUAGUAAAAUAUUUCUCAGUGGCUGUGAAAACAUAAUUGUGUAAAUAAAGUGCUUUAUUUUCUAAUUUUCAAAAAAAAACUGCAUUUCAUGCCAUGUAGAGGAAUGUGCCCCCAUUAGUUUACAAAUUAAAAAUUAAUGUGUAUUUUUUUGUUAUUGUUGUAUAGAUGUAUCUAUUUAGUUUUUAUGUAUGAUUUGUGUGUGUGUAUGGUAUAUGGAUGUGUGUUCAGUUUAUAUUUUCUAGAAAAUGAAGCUUGAUACUUAUGUAGUUGCUAACAUACAGACAUUAAUAUAUUUUCUAUAGUUGUAAAUGACAACUUUGUUUGAAUGUACUGUUGUUAUAUUAUCAGUGUGAUAUUUAUAUCAAAAUGUGUACACAAGCAUAACAGAUUCUGUAAUUUAUUGAACACAUUUUUGUUUUUUUAGUUCUUUGUGCAUUUUAGAUUAACUCUGUACUGUAGUUAUGAAUUCCAUAGAAAAAAAUUAUAUGAAUUUUUAAUGGUUUUUUUUCUUCUGUAAUCUGUAGAAAAUGAUUCAGUACUAAAAGCCAUACACAAAA